AUGAUGAAAACUAAUUCUAGCAUCUUCCAUUUUGCCAUCAUCUUCAUGUUAAUACUUGAGACCAAAAUCCAACUGACUGAUGAAAGUGAAUUUUUGGUUGACAGAUCAGAAUCAAGUCUCUUUCAUGUUCCCCAAAACCUAUCCCUGAAAACAACAAUCUUAAAUAUAUCACAAAACUAUAUAUCUGAGCUUCGGACUUCUGACAUCGUAUCACUAUCAAAGCUAAGGAUUUUGAUAGUUUCUCAUAACAGAAUUCAAUAUCUUGAUAUUAGUGUUUUCAAAUUCAACCAGGAAUUGGAAUAUUUGGAUUUGUCCCACAAUGAAUUGUGGAAGAUUUCUUGCCGUCCUACUGUGAAUCUCAAGCAUUUAGACCUCUCAUUUAAUGCAUUUGUUGGCCUACCCAUAUGCAAAGAGUUUGGCAAUAUGUCUCAACUAGAAUUUCUGGGGUUGAGCGCCACACAAUUACAAAAAUCUAGUGCGCUACCAAUUGCUUCUUUGCAUAUAAGUAAGGUUUUACUGGUCUUAGGAGACGCUUAUGGGGAAAAAGAAGACCCUGAGAGCCUUCAAAACUUUAAUAUAGAAAGUCUACACAUUAUUUUCCCCACAAGAAAAGAAUUCAGUUUUAUUUUGGAUGUAUCAGUCAGCACAGCAGUAAGUCUGGAACUUUCCAAUAUCAAAUGUGUGCUAGAUGAUAAUGGAUGUUCUUAUUUCCAAAAUGUUCUGUUAAAACUUCAGAACAACUCAAGGUUAUCAAAUCUUACUUUAAACAACAUUGAAACAACUUGGAAUUUUUUCAUUAUGAUCAUCCAGUUGGUUUGGCAUACAAGCAUAAAGUAUUUCUCAAUUUCAAAUGUAAAACUACAAGGUCACCUUGACUUCAGAGAUUUUGAUUAUUCGAACACUUCACUGAAGGCCUUCUCUAUACACCAAGUGGUCACUGAUGUGUUCAGUUUUCCACAAAGUUAUAUCUAUGAAAUCUUUUCAAAUAUGAACGUCCAAAAUUUCACAGUGUCUGGUACACAUAUGGUCCACAUGGUUUGUCCAUCCCAAAUUAGCACAUUUUUAUAUUUGGAUUUUUCUAAUAAUCUCUUAACAGACAUGGUUUUCAAAAACUGUGGAAACUUGGCUAAAUUGGAGACACUUAGUUUACAAAUGAAUCAAUUAAAAGAACUUGCAAGUAUAGUUUAUAUGACCAAAGAGAUGAAGUCUCUACAACAAUUGGAUGUUAGUCAGAAUUCUCUAAGGUAUGAUAAAAAUGAAGGAGAUUGCUCUUGGACUACAAGUUUAUUAAGUUUAAAUAUGUCUUCAAAUAUACUUACUGACUCUGUUUUCAGAUGUUUACCUCCUAAGGUCAAGGUACUUGAUCUUCACAAUAACCAAAUAAGAAGCAUUCCUAAACGAAUCAUGAAACUAGAAGCUUUGCAAGAACUCAAUGUUGCCUCCAAUUCCUUAGCCCACCUUCCUGACUGUGGAGCUUUUNUCUCCCUGUCUAUCCUUUUAGUCUAA